GUCUGUCCAUCUGCGGCCAUAACUGCAUGCUGACAGCGGAGUGGAUGUCGGCCAGCAAAAUAGUGUGCCGCGUGGGUCCUGCCAAAGACGACAAGGGAGAAAUCAAUGUCACCACCAAGUCCGGAGGCCUCGGCACCUCGACCGUCUCAUUCAAGCUGCUCAGGCCGGAGAGGAUCGGUAUCCUGGAGCAGUCUGCCGUGUGGGUGGAUGAGGUGAACUACGACAUGAGGACGAACCGCAACAAAGGAAUCUCGCCCUUCUCCCUGCGUCCCAACAAUCCGCUGGGCGUCGAGAUGGACAAGAGUAAAGUCCCACUGAAAGACCUGGAGCAGAUAUUCCCAGGAAUGAGUGGCGACUUCACCAGUGAGAACUUCUCUGCCUCCUGGUACCUCAUAGAGAACCACGCAGGCUCCAGUUUUGAGCAGCUGAGGGUCGCGGCCAGUAAUCUGAAGAAGCAAGCAUCUAAGAAAAACGAGGGGAGCAUGGCCUAUGUGAAAGGAGGCCUCAGCACAUUCUUUGAGGCCCAGGAUGCUCUGGCAGCGAUCCACCAGAGGCUGGAAUCGGAUGGCACAGAGAAGGUGGAGGGAUCGAUGACCCAGCGCCUGGAAAACAUCCUAAACCGAGCGAGCGAUACCGCAGAUACUCUCUUCCAGGAGGUCCUGGGACGGAAAGACAAGGCCGACUCCACACGCAACGCGCUCAACGUGCUGCAGCGGUUCAAGUUUCUCUUCAACCUGCCGCUCAACAUAGAACGUAACAUUCAGAAGGGAGAUUACGAUGUUGUGAUCAAUGACUACGAGAAGGCCAAAUCUCUCUUUGGGAAUACUGAAGUUGCAGUUUUCAAAAAAGUUUACGCCGAGUGA